AUGUCGAUCAAGAGGAACGCCCGGCAUUCCAUUGUGGAGGAUGUGCCUAUCCCGAGGCCACUCCUAGCCACUGCCAAGUUCGAUUCGCCCUGGGAACAGACGAAAUGGGAGAAAUCUCUCCCUAGAAACGACCGAGUUCCAUAUAAUCUGGCCGCAGCGGCAAGCCAGAAGCAACAGGGAGGUCUGAGUCGAUCUUUCAGUCUCUCAACCCGGAGAGUCCAAAGGCCUGCUCCUGCAUCGCGGCCUCAAACUAAUCCCCCCGAACUACAAGUAUGGGAGGAAAUCAGGACCCCUACUCUUUUAACGCCUUUUCAAUCGCCCACUCUCUCUGAAAAGGAACCAAUUACACCGAUCAAAAAUGCAGCUCUUAGCCCGACACACAUCAACAGCAGGGUUAGCUCUCGCACCCAGCAUAGUCGCAACAGUAGUAUGCAAGAUGUAUACGAGAAAGCCAAAGCGAGAGGAGUUGCGCUGCAUCGCAAGUAUUGGGUGCGCGUCUUGUUUGAAUAUACCAUUUACCUCCUUCUCAUUCUCUUCGUCUACUUUGUCUUGAUUGGCAUGCCACUUUGGAAAGGUGCCGUUUGGUGGUUAUAUUGGGUCGUUGCGAAUAAGUUUGUCAUUCAGGGAGGAUACGCCAUUACAAUUGGUCUUGCUGCUCUUUACGCUUUCCUUCCUCUCUUGAUUUUGUUUGAAAAGGAUCCUCCGCAGAAAGAUGAGAUGUCAGAAGUCGAUCUCGAGAAAAACGUUGAGAAUGCGAAAAAUACCGCUCUCCUGAUUCCAUGCUACAAAUCCGCCAAUAUCAUCGGUCCAACUCUCAAGGCAGCAUUGGAGAUUUUCCCACCCGAGAACAUUUUCGUCAUCGCCAAUGGCAAUUCUGAAACCCCAUUGGACAACACCGAGGAAGUCUGCCAACCUUACGGCGUCAAUCAUCUCUGGGUACCCAUUGGAUCGAAGAUCGUCGCUCAAUUCGCCGGUUGUUACGCUGCCAAGGGUUUCGAAAAUGUCCUCCUUAUCGACGAUGACUGUGCCUUGCCUCCUAACUUCCCUAUCGUCAGCGACCGUCUCAAAGACAAAGUCAAGUGCAUUGGAUACACCAUUAAGAGUGUCGGCCCGAACUCCUCGAAGGGUACCUAUUGUCAACAAGCACAGGAUUUGGAGUACAAAAUGUCUGGUCUUCAGCGAGCAUUCUUCGGCAAACUUGGAAGUGCAACUUUCCCCCACGGUGCUAUCUCUAUUUGGAACACGGAUUUCUUGAAGCAGACCUUCCACGAGCAUCCCGGUUUCUCGGUUUCUGAGGAUUGGUUCUUUGGAGAUAGCUGCCGCCGUCUUGGAGGACGUAUCACAAUGUGCUCUUCGGUGUUUGUGGAGACUGAAACACCUUCUUCGGUUUUCUUCAGCGGCAGUGGCAGUCGUGGAGGUUUCGGUGAGAUGACUAUCUUCUCGCAGCGAUUCAAACGUUGGAAUUUCUUUUUCGUCGUCGGCAUGUAUUAUGACAUGAAGUAUAUCCUAACGAGCUGGAAGCUGGGAUGGUGGGAAAUCGGUGCCAAGCUUUGUGUUUUCCAAGAGGUCUACGAAACACUUAUCUAUCUUCUUGCACCAUUCAUGCUUCCCAUCGCUUUUAUUGUCCGCCCCGGAUUCUGCGGCAUGCUUCUCGGUGUCACUAUUGGCAUGUACAUCAUCAACGUCAUCCUCUUCAACGAGAUCCACCUUCGCCUGAAGAAAGAGCGCAUCGAUUGGAUUGUCCUGAUCUUCUACUACACCUUCUACAAGAUCGCUCUGACUUUCAUCAACGUGUUCAGCUGCUACUGGUCUCUGUACAAAUACGCUCGUUACUUCGCCAAGCGCCAUCCCAAGGUUAUCGAGGACCAGCAAGCAAUCGAGGUUGUUCUUAGCUUGGAGCAAGACACGGACUCUGAUUUUGAAGAAAUUACAUUGCCUCUAGCCUCUCAGGGCGUCGAAUCGACACGCGCAUCUAAGCGACUGACAUUGACGAGAGUUGAGCCUGACCACCAACAACCUCGGUGGCUAUUGAUUGAUGAGACGACUACUUCACACCCACCCAACUCGUGGGAUAAACGCAUGUCUUGGGUUUAA